AAUUGGCAACGUUGCGGUAUCAUGUGGGGAUUGUUGUGAAUUUUCACCGGACAGUUUUCUCGUAAUUUUCUCAGUGAAGUCAGUGAAAAUAUCUUCUAUAAGUAUGUUAAGAGGAAAUUUGAAUCGUUGUUCAAUCAUAUUUCGCGGCUUCAGUACACCAUCUGUGGUUGCGAUUCCCGAAGUAGCCCCGGAAAAAGGCAGAAUUCCCAUUCUAACCUGCAAAAGGAAGGAGUUUGAUUUGUAUCAAGACAAGGGCUUUAAUCCGAAUGAAAAUGCAAAGUUUGGGAGCAUUCCUCUGGCAUCUUCUGGAUGGCAUCAUUACAAAUCCAAGACAGACUUCAUUCUCAUCCACCCGCUACACUUGGGCAACAACUGGCGCUUCAGUUCUUCCGGAAUGACUUUCGCAAAGCUGGGUAUACGCACGGAGAUUUCAAAGCUGGCAGAGGAACUUUACAGCAUUACUCGUCCCAGUGUGAUCCAGGAAGUGGCCAUCCCGGAGAUCCUGAAAGGAUUCCACACCACAAUUGCUGCAGAGACAGGAUGUGGGAAAACCUUGGCGUAUCUGCUGCCCAUCAUCGAGCGGAUCAUUCGCAAGGGUCAGCAUCAGCUGAAGUCAAGGAGUUUCAACACUCCGCUGGUGUUAAUCAUCAGCCCGAGCCGCGAGCUGGCGUUGCAAAUAGGCGAAGUGGCUGAGAAGCUGUGCGAGCCGCAUAAUCUAAAAGUGAAGACUCUCGUCGGCGGCAACACGAAGCAGAAGAUGAUGAAUCCCACUUUUGAAGACAUCGACAUCCUGGUGGGAACUCUCGGGGUUAUCAACAAGCUAACCGCCACGAAGAUAUACCGCAUGGGAGCGGUGAGAGAAGUGGUGCUGGACGAGGCGGACACUCUUUUGGAUGACAGUUUCUCCGACAGGCUCUCGUACUUCCUCCAGAGGUUCUCUUUCCACAAGAACCUCACCAGCGAAGCUGGAGUGCAGCUCAUCAUGGUCUCCGCUACAAUCCCGGUGAACAGGGAGAGCAUGCUGGAAAAGAUCAUCGACGUGUCGGUGGUGAAGAACAUCCAGACGCCAGAUCUGCACAGAAUUGUGCCGAACGUGCCACAAAAGUUCCUCCGCAUGAGUAAAAUCAACCGGCCACCGAAUCUGCUCAGCAUCGCGAAAUCCGCGAUUAAGCAGGACCACUCAGUCCUGGUCUUUGGCAACAAGACGCCCACGGCAAACUUCGUUUCGCACUUCCUGACAAGCUCUGGCGUGGACUGCAUCAGUCUCAACGCUGAUAUGCCGAUGUCCAUUCGAAUGGAACAGUUUGAGCGCUUCCGACGGGGCGAAGUGAAGAUUAUGUCAACGACUGACAUCGGAAGUCGAGGCCUGGACACGAGACACGUCUCGCAAGUGGUCAACUUUGACUUCCCUCUGCACAUGGCGGACUACAUUCACCGCUGCGGACGCACAGGAAGACUGGGCGGCGUGCAGAAUUGCACGAUCACCAACUUUGUGUCGAGCUUGCAUGAGCUGAAGAUCAUUCAGCAAAUUGAACACGCCGCCAGGACGAGAAGUGCAUUGCCAAAUGUCGAUGGCAAUAUUACAAACAUCAUAAGGAAGAAAAUUAUAACACAGAUGAGGAGUAAUUAAUGGCUUUGCAUAGAAAAAAAUAAAUAAACCAUAGGACAA